CAUGCUGGCAGCUGGGGUGCGGGUCAUCUGCCAUCAAGACCAUCGGCAGGCAACCAGCCAACUUACUCCUCUAUAUAUACUUUGGCAGGAUCAAGGCGCUGCUACGCUGUCAAUUUGCCUUAUGCACUUGUGUCAGAUUGCCAUUGUGAACGAUGCGUACGAUCACCAGAAGUUAGGGCAAGCAUGACGUGGAUCUGGCUGCAAAAUCUGACUACGGCAAGAAGCAAAUAUAAAGAUAGUACCAGGGAGGAAGAGAAAAAAAUUUCGCUUCAAGAAACCAGCAUUUAG